GUUUCCGUGCAACCUUAUUCGAAUUCGGCAAACUCCGGUUUUCAAUUUUGAUUGUGUGUAUUGUGACCGAGGAUUAUGUGUUUUUGCCGGAAAAAGACGCGUCGUCAACGCUACGUAUUUUCCUAUUUUUGCAAUUAUUAAUCAUUUAAAAAAUACAUUGCAUGUGCAAGGGAAAAUAAAAAUCAAGUUACAUGAUGAACGAAAUGGAUCCAACAGGUGUGAUUCAGAUGAUCAAUGACCUGAAGUCGACAUCUGCAAAUUUCAGGCGGAACAGCGGAACAUCGGUACGCUUGUCAGGGACAGGAAUACCAUUGGGGUUUUUGAGUGAAGAGACGGAAUGCGAGACCCCACCGAAGCGCAAAAGGUUGGAUGAAUCGGGUGGAUUUUCCAUAAGUAAAAACAGUGAUGGGUAUAAUUUAUCAAGUCGAACUGGAGGGGAAACAGGGCCUACGAGUCCAUGGGAAUGGAGGCGUUUGAAAGGGGAAGUAGUGUCAUUGAGAACAAGAUUGUCGCAUCAAGAGGCAAAUGUUCAACAGUUACACAAAAUACGUCGACAAAUGGAAGAGGUAUUCGACAAGGAGAAAACUAUUUUGGAAAAUCAGGCAGAGCUGGAUAAACAAACGAUAAAGCAGUUGGAAGCAAGGAUAGACGCAACGAGAAAAAGUUGCCAGGAGGCUUGCGAAGCUCAAUCCAAAGUCGAGAAGGAAAUGUCACGUUUAAGAUCGAAAUUAGAAGCAAAAAUAGUGACCCUCAUGAAUGAAAACGCUGCAUUGCUUGAGGCUCAAAGAGCCACAGUUAGCGUCGGUAACGAGGAGACUUCGAAGACACCUCAGCAGAGAGACGAGGAAAAUGAGAGAAUUGAAAAAUUGCAAGCAGCGGAAGCAAGAAUCACAGAACUUGAGGAAAAAUUACGAUGCAGUAGAGAAGCCCAGCGAGACACUGAGCUUCAGAAUGUUGAGCUCCAAAACAUUCGCAUAAAACUGGAGAAUCUCGAAGCCGAGCGCAGUCUCUGGGAAGAAGGCAAAUUAUUAUGUGCUCGUGCUGCUCGGGCAGGUGACCUCGAGCGUGAAUUGAAUCACGCUCGCGACACGAUUGCCUCAAUGCGCGAAGCCAUCAAGGGAAAAUUACUGCUCGAGGAAGAGAUGUGCAAUAUGCGACAGAGGAUUCAACACAUGGAUAAACUCGAGGAACGAGUUGCUGUUUUGGAGACGGAGCGCAGUGAAGUUUUGCGUAAACUUGGAAAAUAUGAGAUUCUUGGUUUUGGCGGAGAUGCUAAUGUUCUCAGACGCGAACUGCAUCGACUACAACAGUCCGAGGCUGUACUCACUGCUGAAGAAGGUCAACUGCGCUCCAAAAUCGAAUCUGCUCAACGUGAAAUUACUAAUAUUACCAAAAAGUAUGAGGAAGCGAAAAAAAUUGCUACAGAUAUUACCUCGUCGAAUGAGAGACUCAAUAAACUCAUUGGAAGAUUGCAAAAAAAAAUGAUCCUUGUCACCCGCGAGAGAGAUAGCUAUCGACAACAGCUCGAUUUAUACGAGAAGGAAAUGACUUCUAUGGAGAAUACCAGCCUCACAAAUGAUAGAAUUCCUUCCCUGGAAAGAGCCCUCGAAGGAUACAGAGACCUCGUAACAAAACUCGAAGCGGAACUUGGUGGAACAGAGGCAGGCGUAGACAGGGACGAGUGUCAAAAACUUCGUGAGGAAAACGAACGUCUCAAGGAAGAACUCGAGCAUCGUGCCUUGAAGGGUGAUUUUAAUUGUAAUGCCAGAAUAAUGCACUUUUCGAUGAAUCCUGCUGCUAUUGCGAGUCAGCUCGCCGAGGAGAAACAGCAGGCUCUCAUCCGUGAGGUCGAAGAGUUACGGGCUCGAGUUCAAAUUGGUGCGGGUCCAUCGGCAGCUGGAGUUCCUUCGCUACACGCGCAAGAAAUAGCAGAGCUGAAGCAUUCGCACGAAAUAAAAAUAGCGCGAUUAAAAGAGGCGUUCAAAGUAGCAUCGCAGGAGUAUCGACAGGCUUGUUACCAGUUGUUCGGUUGGCGAGUCGAUCGUACGAAGGAAGGCGAAUACAAACUAUUCAGUCAGUACGCUGAUUCGCCAGACGAUUUUCUGUUCUUCCACGUUGGUGAUGAGGGCGUUGAUCUUCUGGAAACUCAGUUUUCAGCAACACUUGGAGCGCUCAUUGAACGACACUUGCAAAUGCAACACAGCGUGCCGAUGUUCAUCAAUGCAGUACAAUGCGAUUUGUACUCCCAGCAAACUGUCACAAACAUUGUUUAACAUUAUUUACCCAUUUCAUCUCUUUCAACAAUAAAUUAUAAGAAGGAUACUUCGAGAUACUAAAAUGAAACAAUGCUCUCAGAAUUUAUUGAGAGCUAUCGGACUCCGGUGUUGAAAGAAUGUGAUAAUAAAUAACUACUUUACACUCA